AUGGACUCUUCCUCUCCGCCCCCAUCCCCGUCGCCAGCACCCAGUGGAUCCCGUGGCGCCUCUAAUGCAACCCAGCGGUGGAGCAUCCUUCGCCGCGCGCUGCUUGCUCGUUCCUCCUCCGCGCGCGCCCAAGAGGGAAUUUCUAGUGACCACCAGAUUAAAGAUGGUACCAACAACAUUUCAAGAAAGGCUUCACGUGGCUUUAACCUGAUCGAAUGCCAUUCAUUGCCGAUUUCACAGCUAGCUAAAUCAUUUGGGAAUUCAUUAAAUGGAAAUGAAAAUGAUUUUGGCCAGAAGGAUGUUUAUGUAUGUUACAAGCUGCCUUGUAGAGAUUCCUCUAAACUUGAUCUGGUAUAUAGAAAAGAGGAUUCCCUUGAACUCAAUGACAUUGAGGCUUCGAACAAAUACAAUAUUGACACUACUGGACUAGUAUGUUGUUGGCCAUCAGAAGAGGUCCUUGCCUACUACUGUAUUAACCACUCGGAUAUGUUCAGGUCCAAGAAAGUGCUUGAGCUUGGAUCUGGUUAUGGAUUGGCUGGACUUGUUAUUGCAGCCAGUACAAAUGCUGACGAGGUUGUUAUUUCUGAUGGCAACCCACAAGUAGCUGGGUACAUUCAGAAGAACAUAUCCAUCAACACUGAGACUUUUGGUGAGACAAAGGUUAAAUCUAUGAUACUGCAUUGGGACAAAGAGCAAGCUUCAGAAAUAUUGAAUACUUUUGACAUCAUUGUUGCAAGUGACUGCACAUUUUUCAAGCAAUUCCAUGAGGGCCUUGCCGGAACAGUAAAAUCCUUGCUGAAGCAUUCAGCAACCUCACAAGCCAUCUUCCUGAGUCCCAAAAGAGGUGAUUCUCUAGACAAAUUCCUGGGAAUUAUUAAAGAGAAUGGUCUGCGUUGUGAGUUGAUAGAGAAUUAUGAUCCUACUGUCUGGAAUCUGCACAAAAAAUAUGUGGCUGGUGAGGAUAGAACCUGGCCUAAUUAUGACAAGGAGCAUUGCUACCCUCUUCUGGUUAGAAUUAGCUAUUUUAGUGAGUUCUAG